CCUACCACACUUCCUUGUUCUCACAAAGGUUAGAUAAAACGUCUCUGGUAAGCCCACACCCUCGUAAACUUUUGAAUCACGUACUCUUCACUUUGUCGCUACGAUCACUCCAAAUAUUGACAUAGCACAGACUAUACACAAGUUCACAUGGCCACAUUCACCACACCACCCGGAUUGCCAGAUCCAGAUUCAGAUUCGGACUCGGACUCGGUCUCAGAAGAUUCCGACGGCAGUUCUUCUACAACGGAGUACAAGACAUCACCCAUGUCCAACAGUCUAGAAGCUACGGUCUUCCGGGAACUCACAGACCGUCGUCACAACCCACCUUCUCCAGACGUGGGUUAUGCAAAGUUCAGUCCAGUACCAUACCCAUACAUGUCUUCACGUAGAGACCCAGACAUUCACGACGACGAACCUCAAGUCAUGAUGCUGGCUGCUACCCACGAUCCCGAAGUUCCAGGAGGCACUGAAGACUUCGAGGAAGGUUAUCCCAACGCCUCUUCUCCCGUAUCCAGAAGAAUCACACGAGCUGCCAAAAAGCUCCAGCAGACCAGGCUCGGGAAUGAAAAUGUUUCUGCCUUUAUACAGCCCCCCGAAACUUCUAUCAUCGCCAUCGAGAGCCCCAAACAACCUACCACAACCCCAAGCCCUGCCGUCUCCGCAGAAGACCAAGCAGUCAACAACAAUGUCGUGCCUCGCCUCUAUGCUCUCACCCUCCACACCACCCCCAACCUUCACACCCCUCCCCGACAUCUCGACCCUCCUCCUCCUCCGCCCUCGGUCCCGCCUACGCCUCCCGCAAAGCCAAAAUCAUCAACGCAAAAUUUGUGCGUGGCUUCAGAUUCCCAUUCCCCCGUGUCUCCAAGCCGGAGAAACCAAAGUCAAAGCAUCCAAGCAUGCACACCCUAGCGGAAUGGGCGGGUCAAGAUAAGGAGAAGCAGGAAAAGGUCGCUGCACUCUUGCAUGCGAGAACGGAGGUUAGGACCAAGGGGCUGGAGAAUCCUUGUUGAGGAGUUUGGGAUCUUAGGUGUGAUGAUUACGGGGCUGUAUUUUAUUGUGCAUCUCGAAAGCUGGGUGAUUAGGGGGAGUAUCGGAGGUGGAGGUUAAGUUCUGCGGGUCGUGAGUCAGGGAUCUUGGGUCUGGUUGUCGUAUCAGAAAAAAGUUGCCCGUUUCGUACAUGGUGGUGUCGGUCCCAGUUUUGAUUGUGCAUUUCCUCAGCCGUCUGCAUAUGUCAAAUCACUAGGGCAGAAAGA